GUACUAUCAUCAAAAUAACGGUGUUGAAUCCCCGAAUCCCUCCAUAUCGUCCUACUGUUUCUGAAGACAUCAAAGAAGAAGGCGGAAACAGUGCUAUAAAAUCCAGCGAAGCAGAAAAGAUCACAGCUAUUCCUUUGUUGACCCAUCGAGGAUUUUGCACAUUUCUACCGGCAUCAGUAAAAUUCGCUGCCUUAAUCAUGAGCAACGGAAAGCAUUUGGCAAAGGGUUCCACGCCGCCCGCUCUACCUAGCGAUGGCAAACUGCGACUAUACUCGAUGCGAUUCUGUCCCUACGCCCAGCGUGUGCACCUGAUGCUGGAUGCGAAGAAGAUUCCCUACCACGCGAUCUACAUUAACCUCGUCGAAAAGCCGGAGUGGUACUUUGACAAAAACCCCCUCGGCAAAGUACCGGCGCUGGAAAUACCCGGCAAGGAAGGCGUCACCCUUUUCGAGUCGCUGGUGCUCUCCGACUACAUUGAGGAGGCGUACUCGGCCGAACAGCGAAAGCUGUACCCAACCGAUCCGUUCAAAAAGGCGCAGGAUCGCAUCUUAAUCGAACGCUUCAAUGGUGCUGUCAUCUCGCCCUAUUAUCGCAUCCUCUUCUCGAGCGAUGGUAUUCCUCCGGGAGCGAUCACCGAGUUCUGUACGGGGCUGGAUAUUUUCGAAAAGGAGCUGAAAGACCGGGGCACUGCGUACUUUGGGGGCGAAAAUCCGGGCAUGAUAGACUACAUGAUAUGGCCGUGGUGCGAGCGUGUAGAUCUGCUCAAAUUUGCCCUCGGGGAUAAGUACGAGUUGGACAAGGAACGCUUCGGUAAACUGCUUCAGUGGCGAGAGCUGAUGGAAAAAGACGACGCUGUGAAGCAAUCGUUUAUUUCUACCGAAAACCACACUAAAUUCCUGCAGAGUCGCAAGAACGGUGAAAAUAACUUCGACAUUUUGGCAAACGAUGCAAAGAAACCGCGGCUGGAGUGAAACUUAACACGCUUGAUGUGAAAGUUUCACCGAAAUAUCUCACAUACCACUGCGAUAGAGUUCCUUAUUCACUAUAAAAUAUUUUCUCCUCGACUAAUGUUGCUUACCAAGAGUAAUAUUUUACUAAAAAAUAAUUUAAAAUUUCACGUUCCAGGACAAUCAAUGUACUGCUCUGCGCAAA